AUGGCUUCCAAGUUCUAUAAAGCAGCAGAAAUCUUGUGGCGGCGUAUCAUACAGCUGCCAGCAUUCACCGGCCCGGCAUCAAUCGCCAUGAAGGCCCAUGCUAUUGUGAAAGCUGCCACAGCUGUCUCACUGCUGGUUGGCCCCUCGACCUCACUGGCCCAGGCGAACGAGAACCUGGCCUCCAUCAACCCAGAGUUGACAUACCUCCUUCCCUACCCGUUUGAAGGCAACCUGACCCAGGAUUUCAUCGACGGCACCAGCCUCGGCAACAGUACCGUGGUCUCUACGUUGAAGUCGGCUCAGUCUUCGCCCUUCCUAUCAUUCGACCAGGAGUUCGAGGACCUGAUCGGUAACGCAACCCUCAACACACUCGUGGCUAAUACCAGCUUUCCCUACACCUGGGCUGGUGAGGGAGGCAUCUGGGUCCCUGAUCUCAACCAGGUCUGGAUGACCUCGACCCUCUACAAUGGGCCCACAUCGUUGUAUGUGCUUUUCCUCGAGAACAAUACCGUCAUCAAGCCUAACUUCACGGCUGCACCGGGAUACGGACUGCACCUACCGCUGGCUGGUCCUGCUGGUGGCUACUACUUCAACGGCACCAUCUACAUGGCUUUGACUGGCGAUGAGCGCGAACCUGCUAGUCUGGUCGCCAUCAACCCGCACAGUUAUGAGGCGACGCCGCUAGUCAACUCCUAUUUUGGCCUGGAAAUGAACCCCAUUGACGACGUGGUUGUCACCUAUACCAACACCAGCAACGGACCCCAGAAACACAUCUAUUUCUCUACAUUAGAUUUGGCCGCAUUUAAGCUCAACGUAGGUCGUGGAGCACCAAUGUUACCAAAUGCUUUCUGGAAAUUCACCCCUACUACGCACACACUGCAACCCGUCAUUUCUCGCGCGGACGUCAUGACUCCGAACGGCGUGGCUGUGGACAAGGACUUCAAGCAUCUCUACGUGACUGAUACGUCGGCGACCGUCUCGGUCGGCGGAGGAGCACAGUGGAAUGUUUCGGGCUCGCCAGCAAUCUACCGGUAUGAUUUAACUGCGGACGGACUUGUCACGAAUAAAUCUCUAUUCGGCAUCACCCGUGAAGGGGUGUCCGAUGGAAUCAAAGUUGACGACAAGGGACGCGUGUGGACCGCAGAAUACGAAGGCAUCGUGGUGCGCAAUGCGGUUGGCAAGGUCAUUGGCAUCUUCAACAAGGAAGUUAUCCUACGGAGCAAGAACCCGCCGGCAGAAAUGACUAAUUUCGCCCUGGGCGGUAACACCCUAUACAUCCUCGCCAACGACCACAUCCUGACGGUCAAUUUCACCGAGACCGUCAUCGCCCCAGGCCAGGACCUCUAA